UUUGUCUCGUGAUGUGCCCCAGACACACUCCAGUUAGCUAAAUCGUAGGUAUCAUGCUACAACAUUAGCUAGCUAACUAGCAUAAGCGCUAUCAUACUUGAACUUGCGCUAGCCUUAGCAUGCAUGAAUCAUUGUUAGCUAGAAAUCACUGUUACUAAAUGGAUUAUCAGAGCUAAAAUGCUCCUCGUAUCCGGCAUUGCUGACUAAGUGUGGAUAUUACAACCCUAGGUGUAGACUACCUUGAAUCAAGAUCAUCUGAUCAUGGAGGCCAUUAAACCCUUCUUCACCGUCUACAACCUGUUUGACAGGAUGAAGUACAAUAAAGACCAAUUCCCCCACAUUUCUGACCGACUGGACGCCCUGCAGGAACUAGUGGCGUUUGUCCAACAGAAGGAGCUAGACAAGCUCUCUGAUGAUGUGAGAAAAGCUUGGGAGAAACUCACUACUAUUAUGGAAUCAGCCAAGGAGGUGCUGACCAAAUUUGAGAAGCAACACGUGAUGACUCAUAUGGUGAAAUCCAGCGACUACAAAUUAGAGUUCGAGAACCUGAACAAAAGUCUCACCGAUGCCUUUGUGACUCUCUCUGGGGCUCUGCAUGUCCACCAGGAAAAGAAGACGCUCGAUCAGGGGGACAUGCUCGCUGCACAGGAGAAGAAGACGCUCGAUCAGGGGUACGUGAUCGCUGCACAGAAAAAGCAACUGGCUGAACAGGAGAAGAAGCAAAUGGAACAGGAUGAGAAGAUGUCCGUACAGGAGAACAUGCUCGCUGCACAGGAGAAUAAGUUGCAUGAGCAGGAGAGGAAGCUGGCAGAGCAGGAGAGGAAGCUGGCAGAGCAGGAGGACAAGCUAGCGGAGCAGGAGGACAUUCUGCUAAGAGUGGAGUCACAAUUAGCGUAUGAAAGUAGAGCAUACUACUGUACUCUGCAAUAAAGAAGAGCAAAGUCUAAUGGGAGGAGCCAUAGACUAUAUAAUAAUAAUGGACAAUGCUAAAAAGUGAAGCCAAUGUGGUAGUGCCUCAAACCUGCACUCUCUCUCAUUAGGGGGCAACUCCACUGGUUUUAAAACGAAGUCUGUUUCUAAAGAAGUCUGUGAG